AGUACAUUUUCUGACCUUUGUAGUGUCGUCCGUGAAAUUCCUGAUAGAUGGGUAAAAUCCAAUUUUUGCGCGCACUGUCGAUUUUUUUACAAUUUGCGAAUGUCCCCACUGACACAGUUUUUCGUGUACCCGUGCACAAAUUCUACUAGACCCUAUAGAAGCCAUCGUUAAAACUGUUGUGAGACGGCUGUCACCGAAGAAGAGCACCUUUCGCGAACUCUACGCAGUCCCACCACUUAGUUCUUAACUCCCGUCCACCAGGUGCAUUAAUCACAAUCUAAAAUCUAACCUAACCUAGUCGAACUAGAAUUAGAAUAAAAUGUCCGUCUCACUUUUAUCUCGUAUAAAUGUUACUGUACAAAGGUUCAAACAAGCCCUAAUUUACACGUUCGGAAAAGGCUAUCCACCAGAUGCCUUUUGUUUGGUUGGAAUCGAAUUGGAUAGGAAUCCUCCGAAUGUGGCCCCGUUUUCGAUUAAAGAUCUGAUUGGCAAUGGAUUUUUGUGGGCCGUUCCUAAACAUAGGAGAAGCGUCGAGAAACGGUGGAAAAGAAAAUUCGGCGAUCCCGAUUAUAUAUGGAAAUUAUUGAGACCUAGAAAAGAUUUGAGGACGUGUAACGUUUGUGGAGAUGAUCACGAAGCUGGGGUUUUAUGUCCAACAUGUUACAAAAAAGUAAUAGACGAAACUAAAGCCAUGCAAGAUCAAAUUCAAAAUGAGCUGAAAUUAGAACCUGUGGAAAAAGAGGUGGUUGUGUUGUACCAAGGCGAAAAAGUCGGUAAACCCGAGGAGUUUUUUAAGGGAAAAAGGAUAGUGGAGAUGCAGAAAGAACGUCCUGCGUGGUUUAGCAAAAAUUUGUUGCAAGAAACCACCCAGAAAAAUGCUACAACUAAGGAAGUUAAACCCUCAGAUUUGGGAUGAGUUAUUUGUUGUAUAUUGCCUUAAU